AUGGCGGCCCAUGUGACAGCCGUGUCUUCCAGUCCGAAACAGUGGUUCCAACGCAAGGGUUCCCGUGAGGAGAAGAACCAGCAGCACGUGGAUGAGACCAUGUCACAACUGCGGAGCCUCCGAUAUCAUGGUUACUCGGCCAAGCCUUGGGAGGAUGCUCAGGGCAACAUCGUAUGGCCAUGGAUUAGGAUAAAGCUUGCCGCCGUUGUCUUUUCGCAGACGUUUGAGAUGGCCAUGGGGGCCCUAAUUCUCGGCAACCUUGUGCUCAUUAUGUAUGAAACAGAUGAGGAUGCAAAAUGCUAUCCGGAUUAUGCAGAAGAUUUUGGCCUUUGUCCGUUCCGCAGCGAUCAUGUACUGUGGGUGCAAAUCACAAAUCUUGUGGUUUUGCUGCUCUACUCGCUGGAGUGUAUGGUGCGGAUCUAUGUCGAACGAACUCUCUUCUUUUGCAACAGGUGGAACCAAAUUGACUUUAUCAUUGUAGGCUUUGGCUGGCUAGACUUUGCCCUGGCAGACACACUCAGCAUCAGCCUGUUGAGAAUGUCGAGGUUGAUUCGUGUCGCCAGAGCUGUGCGCUUACUGAUUUCCAUUCCAGAAUUCUACUUGCUCAUCAACGGCCUCUACUCUUCCAUAAAGGCUAUCCUCUUUGGUGCGCUGCUGCUCGUGUCCGUGAUUGUCAUUUGGGCUGUGGUUUCCGUCCAGCUGCUGCAUCCUAUCACUUCGCGACAAUCCUAUCCGAUGUGCCAGAGGUGUCCGACCGGAUUCAGCACUGUCUUUAACGCAGGGCUCACGCUCUUCCAGCAGCUAGUGGCCGGCGACUCCUGGGGCCAAAUCAACAUCCCAUUGGUGGAAACAGCGCCCCUGACUAUGUUCCUCCUGUUUGCCAUGAUGAUGACGAUUUCCCUGGGCCUCAUGAACUUGAUCUUAGCCGUUAUUGUUGAAAGAGCGGCGGAAGCACGGGAAAAUGACCACGAGGAGAAGAUCAAGCAAAAACAGAAUCAGAGGGCCCGGAGCAUGGAGGACUUGGCAAAGCUUUGUGCCAGCAUGGAUAUCGACAGCAACGGGUUGAUCUCCUUGGCGGAGAUGAAAAAAGGUUAUGACGAAGUCGAUGAGUUCGCGAAGCUGAUGCAGGUCAUGGAUAUGAAGAAAGAGGACAUGGAAACAGUGUUUAACGUCAUGGCAGACAGCGUCACGGACGAAGUCUCCUACCUAGACUUCUGCAAGAGCCUGAGUAGUUUCGUCAAGCGCGACCCGAUCAUAAUGCAAUCGCUGGUGAAGUUUUCCGUCAUGGAAGUGCGAAAGAUACUGCGGGAAGAGGUCUUGACUGUCCUGGACGAACACACAGACAUGCUACGCGAGCUGCUACCUCAAAGGCCGCAGCGAGAAGGUUGCAAUGUACCG